AUCAAAAAGCCAAAACCCAAAUACCACUCUCACCUACACACACCAUAACCAGCUUUUUUUUUUUAAUCCCAAAAUUACCAAACCAGAUUAAAAUUUCUCAGUAAAAUUCCUACAAAUUCAUUUUCCUCUUACUUAUGUCAGAAGUUUCUUCAACUCGUUCCAAUCGCUCACUCUCACUGUGAGUCAACUCGCUCGCUUAUGAUUGUGUACUUGUGAGGUGCAUGUGGUUGAUAUUCAAUGGAAACAGUGAUUGGAGUUGAGGAUUAUGAUGAUGGGAAGCUUGAGGACAGUGGGGUUGAUAGAAGCAGUUCUGCUUUGUCUUCUCCCAAACAGAUUUCUAACCCGGUUGUUUAUAAACUUGUUCGGGUUGAAGGUGACGGGAGGUUAGUGCCUGCAACAGAUGAUGAAGUAAUGGAGGUGGAGGAUUUUCUUGAAUAUGAAAAUAGUGAAAUGCGUGUUGUUGCAGACACUGGACAGAGUUUGGAAUGCAUAUCAAUCGAAAGAUCAUCUUCUGGGAAGCUUCGAUUGGAGUGCUCAGAAGGUGUUUCACAAUUAGGCACAUCAGAGGCAGAUUUGGGGAAGCUAAAUGCAAAGUUUCAGUAUAUUGAACAGAUGCUGCAAAAGGUUAAACAGGAAGAGAAACUUCGCUUGUCGUCUCGAUCACCCAUUCGUUCUCAUGUACAAAUAGAUAGCCAGUGUUCUGCUGAUAAAUUUCCUGUUAUAAAUGAGAAGGACCAAGAAGCACCUUCUAUAGCAUCGAGUUUAAAUUAUUGUCAUAGUAACCAAUCUGGGAGUAUUGAUCAGUGUUCCAGACCUUCAGAAGGAGUGAUAGAAAGUGGAUCAUCUGCUUCUGCUGUCUAUUCCCCUUUGAAACCUGAUUUUUCCAUGACCGAUGGAGAAAUAUGUUUAGACAAGCUGUCGAUCAAAGAACUUCAUGAACUGUUUAAAGUCACUUUUGGUCGGGAAACUACUGUGAAAGACAAACAGUGGUUGAAGAGGAGGAUUGCUAUGAGUUUAACAAACUCUUGUGAUGUUUCAGCAACAACAUUCACUAUUAAAGAUAACAAAAUAACUAGAAAACGUGAAGAAGAAUGUUCUGCAAAUGUGAAUGCUGCAGCUGUAAUCUCUGCGGAAAAUAUGGCCGAAGAAGGGGAUGUCAAGUAUGCGGAUUCAUAUGCAGUGGAGGGUUAUGAAGUUGAUGAUAACCAAGUUGCUUCUGAAACAAGACUGGAAAAUCGUAAUACAGAACAUGAAUUAGAAGAUGAGGAUCAGCAGAGAGAACAAAGAGCUGCAAAAAGAAUGCGUAAGCCCACUAAGCGAUAUAUUGAAGAGCUCUCUGAAAAUGAAUCUAGAGAGUACAAUCCUAGGCCUUCAAGCUCUAAUAGAAAUAUGGGACACAGACAUGUUUCUCCAACUCCUUACACCAGGCCCGCUAGGAAUGCUUUUCCGGAGGUAAGAACAUUUGUCACCAGGUUAGACUCUCUUGGAGGUUCUGGUGUACAAAUUCCAUGUGUUUCUCGGGUCCGAAGAAGCCGUCCAAGGAAAAAUAUCACGUCUCUUAUGAAAUUCCAUCCAACUGGCAUGGUUGAAGCUGCAAAACUAAGCAAUAAUACCAUCAGCGAUCAUGGUUCUGACACUGAUAGUGAGGUUCAGGAGAAAGUCUCAAAGCCAAGUUCCAUGCCUGUGAAGAUUCAACAGCCGUCUACUUCUGAAUCUGGAAAAGAGAAGCAGUGUCCGGUAAUUGGCACAGCUGAACCAAGGCAAGAAUUGAGACCAAAAAAGAUCGAUCCACCUAAUCAUACUGCAGAGAAUAACAUGGUAACUGUUCCCACUGCUAAAGGUGGAAUGAGGAGGAAACAUCAUCGAGCAUGGACCCUUGCUGAGGUAACGAAAUUGAUUGAAGGUGUGUCGCGUUGUGGACCAGGGAGGUGGUCUGAGAUCAAACGGCAAUCCUUUUCCUCGUACUCACAUCGUACCUCUGUUGAUCUCAAGGACAAGUGGAGGAAUUUGCUCAAAGCUAGCUUUGCACAUACACCUGCAGAUGAGGGGAUGAAUUCACGAAAGCAUGGUACGGCUCCGAUUCCCGAGCAUAUUUUAGUUCGUGUAAGAGAUCUUGCAGUGAUGAAUUCUCAGGUUCCUCCACAUUUCAGCUCAAGCAAGUUAACAACCGGUGCAGCUAGUGUGCAUGGAGGAGAUAGAUUGGGGUACUUGUAGUGUUGUAAAUAUUAUUAUCAAAUUAUCAGGCUUCAAAAAUGAAAUAAAAAUUAAGUUUGGCACUUCUUUAAACCACUCCUUUUUGGACGUACAAUGAGUGUAGCAAUGUUGUAGGCGGUUGAGAGACUAAUCAGAUGUUUAAUACACUGAAAAAAUGUUUAAUUCUUGUCGGUUAUUUAUGGCUGUUUUGAAUGCUAUAAAUUGUCAUAAAAUCAGCUUGGAUAAACAAAUUAUUAGUGUGUAUGGUGAGACAAUUGGCUACUGUUGUCCCAUUUUUGCUGUCAAA